AUGAGCCGCCCUUCGGCAAAGCUAUGCGUGGAGCGCUUCCCAAAUGCGCUCCGGGCGUCACGUAUCCGCCCCGCGCUGCGGACCACUCGGCAACAAUCCUAUACCACUGAGCGGAGCAUCACACCGCAAAGACCGCACCGAUCGAUGCCCCGAUGCGCCUCCGGGCGUAUGCCACAAUAUGCGCGACCGGAAGUACGAGGUCUUGCUACUGUCGCAGAAAGCGCAAGCAAAUCGGCCAGCUCCCCUCCGACAGAUGGACCGAUGAGGGAAUACGACGUGCGUGUGGAGGAGGGAAGGUUACGAGACGACGAGUAUCAGCGGGGUAUUAUUCAAGGGCUUCAAGACCUCUUCGAGGCCCUGAAAGACUACAACCCACCGAAAGUCGUCCAUCCGGACCCCCAAUCUUUGGACUUGCAAACAAAACCAGGGUUCUUCGGGUCACUCUUCGGAGGCGCGAAGAAGCCGGCGAAGUCGGUCGUUCCGGAGAACUUGCCGAAAGGUAUAUACAUGUACGGCGAUGUUGGGUGUGGAAAGACUAUGUUGAUGGACUUGUUCUUUGAUACGCUCCCUCCGAACAUCAAAGACAAGACCCGCAUCCAUUUCCACAAUUUCAUGCAGGAUGUUCAUAAGCGCAUGCACGUCGUGAAGAUGAAGUAUGGAAAUGACUUCGAUGCUCUGCCUAUGGUUGCGGCGGACAUCGCCGAGACCGCCGGCGUGCUUUGCUUUGAUGAGUUCCAGUGCACCGAUGUUGCCGACGCGAUGAUCUUGCGACGCCUCCUUGAAAUCCUCAUGUCUCACGGUGUGGUCCUGGUCACCACGUCCAAUCGCCACCCCGACGAACUAUACAAGAACGGCAUCCAGCGCGAAUCAUUCAUCCCAUGCAUUAACCUCCUCAAGACCGACCUGACUGUCAUCAAUCUCAACUCUCCCACGGAUUACCGCAAAAUCCCUCGUCCCCCAGCCGCCGUCUACCACCACCCUCUCGGCGAAGAUGCUGGACGCCACGCGCAGAAGUGGUUCGACUUCCUCGGUGAUCCCGUGAAUGACCCUCCCCACGCCGACACCCAGGUUGUCUGGGGCCGCGAGAUCAAAGUGCCCCGGGCCAGCGGCAAAGCCGCGCACUUCACCUUCCAAGAACUCAUCGGAAGCGCCACCGGUGCCGCCGAUUACCUAGAGCUCGUCCGACACUACGACGCAUUCAUCGUGACCGAGGUUCCGGGCAUGAACCACACGCAGCGCGAUCUCGCAAGACGCUUCAUCACCUUCAUUGAUGCAGUCUAUGAAAGCAGAGCCAAGCUGGUUCUCACUACCGAGGUCCCUCUCGCCAACCUCUUCAUCUCCGACGCAGACAUGAAGAAGUCCCUCCCCGAGGGCGAGCACUCGGAUCUCUCGGAUGCUAUGCGCAACCUCAUGGAUGAUCUUGGUAUGUCUGUGCAGGCACUCAAGAAUACCUCGAUCUUCAGUGGUGAUGAAGAGCGCUUUGCGUUUGCUCGUGCCCUCUCCCGUCUUUCGGAAAUGGGCAGUAAGGAGUGGGUUGAGCGAGGCCUGGGGCUUGGCAGUGACCCUCAGCAGAAUAAGGAGGAGGCCGAUGCCUGGAAGAAGACCCGGAGCCAUUGGAGUGAAGACAACAUGUAA